GGAUCAUUGAAUCAAAAGAUUCAAUUUCUAAAAAUCAUUGAUGAUUAAUGAUGGACAAUGAAAUUCAAUGUAAUUCUGGAUCGAAUCAAUCGAGGUUUUUUUUUUACUUUCUCUUCAUGUGUAAUGGUUGAAUUGCCUUCUAAACAAUGAAUCUAAUGAACAACAACAACAAAACAAAUCUUUGAAGAUGAUGAAGACAGUAAUAAGGCAACGAUCCUGUUGAUGAUGACGAUAUGAACAAAAACUUGAUUUUCUUCAUCGACAUCGACAACACUCACUAUAGAAGAAAAGAACAGAAAAACAUCACCUAAAGCUGUCCAUUUUUUUCGUUGUUGUUGUUGUUGUUGUCUUGAUCAUCUCUUUUUCGUGGCAAUUAUUGCAAUUCAAUCAUCAUCAUCAUCAACAUCAUCAUUCGAAAAUUUGACUGCAACUCACAAGUAUCUUUUUCUCUUUUCUUAAAGUGUGUCUGUAUGUGUGUGUGUGUGUUUCAAUCCUUCUUCUGCAUAAUAAUAGGAUUCAUCAUCUGAAUCUAAUGUUUUUACGUUUCGUUUCGAUUCGAUUGAAUCAAUCAAUUCGGUUGCCGUUCGAAAUGAAAACUAUGAUGAUGAUGAUGAUGAUUAUAAUCAUUUAAACGUUGAUUGCAUUUGUUUUUUUUGUUGUUGCCAAAAACUGAUUAUUGGUCGUUGAUAGAUCUGUGUGUGUGUGUGUGUUUAUGCUCGAAUCUGCAUCAUCAUUCUAUCUGUAUUUGAAUCUGCAUUAAACAACAGAUAUAAAUUAUCGUAUAUAUGAUAAAGGUAAAAAAUCUUCAAAGAAGAAUAAAAUACCAAUUCUGAAUGUCAUUGAAUUUGAUUUGGUUUCAAUAAAUGAUUGAUUGAUUCGAUUUCAAUUUCGUUUACGAUUUCAUGGAUCAACAUUUUAUCCAAACACAAAGAAUAAUCAUCAUGUGAUGAAAAAUAUUUGUCAACAACGUCAUCAAUCGAAUCACUGGAAUGAAAUGAUAAAAAAUUGAAGAAAUUCAUUUUGUCAUUCUGCACCCAACGGUUGUGAAACACAGAAGAUUGUGUUUUAUAUUUUUUUAACUUCUCAAUCAAAUCCAUUUUUUUCGGUUGUGCAUUUUUGAAAAUUACGUCAAUCUUUUUUUCCAGCUAGAAAGAAAUUCAAUUUUCUAUCCCGAAUCUUUUUUUUUCACCAGAAAUAAAAUCACUUGGCUGUGAUCUAUCUAUAUAUAGAUUUUAUUUUAAUCUCAUGAAUUGUGGAAACAUAACAUUGUUCCAUUCUCAUCAAUCAAUUAGAUCAAGAAUUGAAAUGAUAUGAAACAACCAAAAGGCUUCAUGCGAAUUUGGUGCCUUUUUCGUAUAUAUGAAUUAUAUAUGGAUUGAUUGAAAUUUGCAGAACCAAAAAAAACGUCUAUCUCUCUAAGCCACCAAAGAUAUCAAAAAAAAAAAAAAUAAUCAUCAUUCCAUUUCUUCAACCUUUCAAUAAUAUUGAUUUUGCAUUGUGAAAAUUUUUUUUUUCAUUUGGUUCGAAUACAUUGAUCCAUGUGGCAUCCACAUCAUCAUUAUCAAUAGUAAAAUAAUAUUAUGGAAGAAACAUUUGAUGUUUUCCCGUUUGUUUCAACAUUGAUUUUUGUUUGCCAUCAAUCCCAGAACCAAAAAUAGAUAAUUGGAAUUCGUUUUUUUGUUUUGUUUUGUUUUGUUGAUUGAUUGUGUGUGUGUGUCUGUGCAUCGAUGAUAACUUUGAUGAAGAAACAAAAAAAAAGAUGAAGAUUCCCUUUUUGUUUUGUAAUUUUAAUCAUCUAAAAUUAACAUUUCAUAUAUACAUCGUGUCUACUCAAUGAAAAAAAACCUCCUGUUGUUAUGAAGAUGAUGAUUUGAAGAUUCAAAACACAGGCUCCAAUGAAUAAAUUGAUCAUCAUCAAUCGUGUCUACUUCCUCAAUGUUGGAUUCUAAUGUCUAAUUUUAGAGUUUCUGGAUGAUUAUUUUUUAAAAAAAUUACAACAACUGUGUGAAGUAAUAAAUUUCUUAAUCCUGAAAAAAAACAACAUCUUCAUACAAACUACUACCUGGUUUGCUGUUGUUGGAUGAUCAAACAGAUUGGCGUUUUUUUUUGCAGCUGUUCUUGUUGCUGUCAUUACUAUUUUACUUUCAUUUUUUUAUUGGUUACAACAACAACAACAACAACGAAAAAAUUCAUCAUCAUCCAACAUGGGUCAUAAAAAUUCAACAUUACAUAGUCAAUUUAGAAAUCAAUCAGAUGGGCCAAACUGUGAUUUGGUUGGCAUGACCAAUAGUGGUUAUGGUGGUAAUAAUCAUCCAGAUACAUUUGUCAGCAUAAAACAUGGACCAUUUAAACGUAAAUUAUCGAUGCGUAACAUAUCAAUACGACGAUCAUUUCAUAUGGGCGGUAAACAUAAUAAUCGUCAAAAGAAUAAUAAAUAUCAUCAUCAACAACAACCAUUAAAUGAUUAUUCAACAACGCCAACAAAUAUUACAACGAAUUCUAGAAUUGGAAUAUCGGCUACAACCGAUCAUUUACCAUCAACAUCAUCAAAUCUAAUCAAUAAUAGCAGCAAUACACAAUCAUCAAAUGGUAUUAUUAGCAUUAGUGGUCCAUCAACAUCAAAUCAUCAUCAUCAUCAUCAUCAUAAUAAUAAUCAUAAUAACCACAAUACGCAUCCAAAUCAUCAAACACCAGUAUUACCAAGAUCAAAUAAUACUGGUAAACGUUCGUCGAAUCAUCGGGAAAAAUUUGUAAUGGAUCGACUUCGGAAAUCGUUCCGAAAUUCAUUUCGUAAGAAAAAACCCGAUAUUAUAACCGAAUCACAGAAACCACAUCAAUGGCAAUCAGAUGAACAAUCCGUACGUUCGGGUAAUUGUGUAUUUUCAGUAAAAUAUCUUGGCUGUGUUGAAGUAUAUGAAUCACGUGGUAUGCAAAUAUGUGAAGAUGCAUUACGCAGAUUAAGGAAUUCAAGAAGACGUGCCGUCAAAGGUCAAUUAUAUGUUACCGGCGAUGGUAUACGUGUUGUCGAUGAUGAUACCAAGGGUUUGAUUGUUGAUCAAACCAUUGAGAAGGUAUCAUUCUGUGCACCGGAUCGAAGCCAUGAACGUGGAUUCUCCUACAUUUGUCGUGAUGGUACUACACGACGAUGGAUGUGUCAUGGUUUUCAUGCAACCAAAGAUUCUGGUGAACGUCUUAGUCAUGCCGUUGGUUGUGCGUUCAAUAUUUGUUUGGAACGUAAACAAAAACGGGAUAAAGAAUCUGUAUCGGCAAUUUUAGAUGCAAAUAAUUUCACCCGUACUGGAUCAUUUCGACAAUCAUCAAUUACGGAACGUUUACAGGAUCCACAAGUUGCAAAACCAUCUGAACCUGUUCCAGUGAAACAACCAGUACAUAAUCCAUAUGCAGUGGCUAGACCACAUGCAACGGCAAACCUACUUCAACGACAAGGUUCAUUACGUGGUGGCCCUUUAAACCAUGCAUCACCGUUUAAACGACAGCUUUCAUUACGAUUAAAUUCAUUGACCGAUUCGUCUAUAAAUGAUCCAUUAAAAUCAUCAUCAUCAUUAACAUCGUCGCCUAUUAAUUCUCACACCAAAUCCAAUGGUAGCACUAUUGAUCCAUUGGAUACAAAUGUAAACAACAACAUUCCAAUUCGUAAUCGUGCUCAUUCAUUAGAUUUAGCAACAUUUGAAGAGCCAGUAAUGGAAACAAAACGACCGGAUUUUUUGCACAAACUUUCAUUAACACCAUCUGUGGCGCCAAUCCAAGAAGUAUCACCAUCGAUAAUUGAUAAAUCGAUAGUGUCAGAAACAAAGGCUGAAGAUUCAGGCUCAGCAAUCAUAGCAGCCAUGUGUCAACAAUUAUCACAAGGUUUAAGUUUGUUAAGUGCUAAAAAUGAUGAUGAUGUUGAUGAUGAUGAUCAAACAACAUGGCCAUUGACUUCACAAAUUGGUCUAAGCGGUGAUGGCAAAUCUCAUUUCUCACCACCAGCUACACUACAAUCAUCCAUUGCGCAAAACAUUAACAAAUCAAAUGGUACCGGUCUAAAUCAUCUGGUCAAAGAUGCUAAUUCAUUGUUUUCAUUUUCAAAUAUCGAUCAAUGGAUUUUGAACAAACCAUCCACAUCCUCAUCGACGACGACGACAACGAUGGUUCAACAAAAUAUGGAUCAAAAAUCAGAUAAUUUAAGUCAUCAAUUAAAUACUGGUAGUCUGGAUUCAGGAAUAGCUGCUUGUUCUGGAUCAUCAUUGAAUGGUUCAAUAAAAACUUCUAUGACAACAACAACAACAACGACGACGACCUUGCCAUUGAUUCCACCUGCAGUUGUGGAUCAAAUGCCCCAAGUUUGUGCGCCACCACCGCCACCAUCAUCAUCAUCGCCUUUAUUUACGUCAUUAUCGGCCUUUUGUUCAUCUUCAUUAUCAUCAUCAACAGAAUCGCCUGCAACAAUAAUUCUACAGCAACAUCCAACAACGACGACGACAACAACAACAGUGCCAAUAUCAACAAAUUUUAGCAUAUCAUCAUCAUCGAAGACAAUUAAUAACAAUAAAAUCAAUGGUGCCAACCAUACAAAGAAUCCAUUUCUAGAAACAGCAACAAUUUCAGAUGAUUGGAACAUAACAUCGGCAACAACAGUAAUACCAACGACAACUAAUAAAACAACAACGGCAGCUGAAACAACAACCACAAAAAUAUUCAAAAGUACGAAUCCAUUUCUUGAUCUAAGUCAAUCACAAUUUGGAAAUAAUGAUGUUAACAUUACCAAUAACAAUAAUACAAACAAAACAAAGUCUUUCGAUCCAAUGAAUUCAACAAUGUUAGAAACUGCCGAAACAACAGAUGUAUCAUCGUCAUCAUCAACUUUUAUAACAGCUACAACAACAACAACAACGACGACAACUACCACCAGCACCAGCACAAAUCGACAGAUGAUUAAAGCUUUUGAAGUAUCAAUGUAAUUUUCAAAUUAAUGAAUCAUACGAAUUGUACGAAUUUCUAGAUAUUGUUCUCAAAGUUAAAAAAUCUUUAUUAUCACCA